UGCACGCCAUAUUUGUUGUUGUCGUCGAUGGGGUAGGCUCGAGAAAAAACUGGCCCGAAGUGAGGCAGUGUAUGAUCUUCCCGAUACAAAGGAACUGUUUUGCGACCAAGUGAUGAGUGAACCAUGAUGUUUGUAUGCAUUAAAAGUAGCAUAAUAUUGAGUAUAAAUAGCAAGUUAUAAGUGAACGAAAUAACGAAUAAUAUCGAAAAAACUGGCGGGUUGUUUCAGACUCAGCUGGCUCUGUUUCUGUGCGCGAGUGUGUUUCUAGUUUUUGUCGUACAUUCUUUACGUAUUCUGUAUGUUAUAUAGAACAGGGUGUAGUGCAAACGAACAGCAGAAAGUGUAGACAAAAGGAGGUUGCGGAAGGUCGCGACAGUGGCGUCAUCGGGGGGUUUUGGGGGGUCGGGGAUCAACGAGUGGAGACAAAGUAGCGCGUGUGAUCUAGAAGUAGAAGUGGUGUCGCGGGUGAUUAGCACGGUUAUUAAAACUGGCAGGCAACCUGGCUCGGUCCCCCGUGGUGGUGGGUGGAAGUAGAGCAGGUGGAAAUCGACCUGGGGCUGGUGCUGGAUCUGGAGCCAAUGGUGGAGGCGGAGGUGCUUCCGGCGAAGAUGGUCCCCCGGGCCGUGGGAUGCACGAUUGGGAAGAAGCAUUGGCUGAGGCGGAUGGUUAUUCCUUCGACGACUCCGAUCGCUUUGAAGAGGACUCGCUUUGCAGCUGGAGUAGUGAGGCCGAAUCACUCAUCAACAACUGGCGUGGAUGGAGACGACCGCCUGCAGGCUUUGGCAUCUCCAAGAAACAGUCUGAAGAUGGACAAACAGUGGUACCAACGCUGUGCGAGCUCGCAGCAAGAUGCGUUGCAUCUCAUAUCCCCUUCGAACUGGUUGAGCAUGUCUAUCCACCCGUUCCGGAACAACUCCAGCUCAGAAUUGCAUUUUGGAGUUUCCCUGACAACGAGGAAGACAUCAGGCUCUACUCAUGUCUGGCCAACGGCAGUGCCGAAGAAUUCCAGCGGGGUGAAAAUCUAUUCCGUUCGAAGAGCGUUAAAGAUCCCUUACAAAUUGGUUUCCACUUGAGUGCAAGUGUAAAUGUCCAAGUGUGUACAACAUCGGGAGGUUCCCAAACACUUUUCAAUGUUGCGGUAACGUUUGAUCGUCGUAGGAUAACAUCUUGCAAUUGCACCUGUUCUUCGACAGCUUAUUGGUGUUCUCAUGUAGUAGCUGUUUGUCUACACAGAAUUCAUUCACCAACUCAAGUAUGUCUUCGUGCACCAGUAAGCGAAUCAUUGUCUCGAUUACAUCGCGAACAACUACAGAAGUUUGCUCAAUACCUCAUCAGCGAAUUACCACAGCAGAUAUUACCCACUGCCCAACGCCUGCUAGAUGAAUUAUUGUCAAGUCAACCAAGCGCAAUAAAUAGCUACUGUGGCGCUCCAGAUCCAACAGCAGGGGCAUCAACACAUGAUCAAACAUCAUGGUAUCUUGAUGAAAAAACUCUUCAUGGAAACAUCAAAAAAAUUCUCAUCAAAUUUUGCGUGCCUGCUCCAAUGGUGUUCAGUGAUGUAAAUUAUUUGAGUACAACUGCUCCACCAGCAGCAACUGAAUGGUCAUCACUUCUACGACCUCUGCGAGGUCGCGAGCCUGAGGGCAUGUGGAAUCUUUUAUCAAUCGUGAGAGAGAUGUUUAAACGCACUGAUCGCAAUGCUAUUCCUUUGUUGGAGAUCAUCACUGAGGAGUGUAUGGCAUGUGAACAAUUCUUAGUUUGGUGGUUUAAUACAAAAGUGGCGCUUCUAAAUGGUACAGGUCAUGGCGGUGGUAAACACGGUAGUAUGAACAGUAAUGCACACGCCUCUCAACAUGCUUGUUCAUCUCUAUGUGAUGAGAUAGUUGUUCUCUGGCGACUGGCUGCCUUGAAUCCUGGCCUAUCUCCCUCAGAACGUGAAAUGCUUCGAGGCCAGUUUACUGCGUGGCAUAUGAAGGUCAUUGAUAAAGUCACGAAAAAUAGAGGCUCAGUAUCCCACAACACUCAAAAUCGGAAUCAUGGAGGAACUCAGAAAGAUUCACUUAAAACAGAUAUUGAAGUUUUCACAGGUUUCAAGCCGGCACUUGAAGCAUGCUAUCUUGAUUGGGAUGAGUACUCUCUACCUGGUAUAACUUACACGGCUGGCAGCAACCCAAUGUAUCAUUGUCCAUUCACUUGUUUCCGUCACGCUGGAGACACUAGAACUGAAGUGAAUCAGGUAAACUCAAGUGCUGCUGUUUUAAAUUGUAAUCCACCGAAUUCUCACCAUCACAACAGGCGGCCACAUAAUAUGGGUCUAGUCGAAUUUAGUUAUAUGGAUCGCAAGCGACUAAAUUCACGUGAAUUUUCUGGUUUUUGUUCAAGAAAUACUGCAAACAACACGGGAAAUGAUGGUAAUCGUAGUAGCGUAAGUUCAGAGGGAUUUUGUGAGAAUGAUGGAGAUUUACCGAAUUUACCAUCAUUUCCUUUACCAUCGCAAGUUGUUUUAGUACAACGUGAAUAUAGUGAAAUGCAUAACUGUGGCAGUGGUGAUGGUGGUAGCAGUGGUGGUGGCGGCGGUGAUACCGAUUCACAAGAGGGCGGGGGCAGUGAAUCAUCAUCAAAUAGUAAUGUGAGUCUGAAGAACGCUCAAGGCUCGGAUAAGCCAAGCUCAAACGCCUCAUCCGAGACGCACAGUGAUAGUAGUGAUAGUAGUAAUAAUAAAGUUACUAGCGAAGUCAAGUGUAUUAGAACAAAUAACGACCAUAAUACUAAUAAUAAAAAUAGUAAUAUUAACGAAAAUUCUGAUAAUCACGAUAAUAAUACUAGUAAUAACAACAGUAAUGCUAGCAAUAACAUCGCUGUAGAAUUAGAAGAUCUUCACGAUCCAGUCGCGAGUACAUCAUCGAAUUUGAAUCCGACGAAAUCAUCUAAUAAACGUGUUAACGAGUGUAGCUCAUCUAAAGAUCCCUCACGUCGUCCAUCCAAGGACGAAAGUUCGUCAUCUAGUAGUGACAGUCCAUCAGGUGAUGAAUAUAAUUAUUAUUAUUAUGACCCUAAAGCUGUAGCGAAUAUAAGUACAGCUGAAGGUAAAGACUCCAAAAAUGACACAAAUCGUGGUACGAAUGCAGGAAUUGUUUUAAGUAAUCUCAAAAAAAUAGAAGAUCCAUGGGACAUUUUAUUCGCAAGAGCUGAAGGUUUGUAUGCACAUGGACAUACACGAGAGGCAUGUAUCCUUGGUGUUGAACUAGCAGAAGAGCUUCUGUCGCAUCCACCAGAUUUAAUGAUAGAAGUGCCGCCAGUUCCAGUGAAGGGUAAGAGGAAAAAACAACCAGUAAAUCCUGCCUCACAUCAACUCACUUGCUUGGCAUCUGCGACACUUGCCAAGUGUGCAUUUUUAUGUACAGUUUUAACAGAAAACCCUGAACAUCACAAUCUUGCAUUUAGAGUCGGUUUAUUUGGCUUGGAAAUGGCGCGACCACCAGCGAGCACCAAACCUUUGGAAGUAAAAUUAGCACAUCAAGAGAGUGAGCUUGUAGGACUGUUGAAAAGAAUCCCGUUUGGACCAGCUGAAAUAACGAUGCUUCGUCAGCGUGCUGAACAACUACGUGAUGGUGUUCUAAGGUCGCGAGGCCAUGCGUUACUGCCAAUUACGCUAGCGAGUUUGAUAUUUGAUUCGUUAAAUACUGUAAAAAUAAAGGGUGAAUGGUCGUCAUUCACUAACGAAGAGGAUGAAAACUUAGGAUUUGAUGCAGCUGUUACAGCACUUGGAUUGAAGGCGAACGUUAGUGAAGCUGAUCAUCCACUUUUAUGUGAAGGUACACGACGACAAAGAGGUGAUUUGGCUGUUAGUUUACUUCUUCAUUACAAAGAUGAGCCUACAAAAGUUGCUAAGAUAAUGGACAAGCUACUGGAUCGUGAUAUUCAUCAAUUGAUUAAGUCUCCAAUUAUCAGUAGUUAUUAUAUCUCGAAUGCAACCACUAAAAACCAGAUAGUUUUUAGACGAGUUAAAACUUGCUCAUCGCCUCUAGCUGGUACUGAUGCAAGUGGUAGUGGCGAUGGAAUCGCUGGUACUAGUAGCAGACCUCAUAGUAGCACCAGCGCUGAAUUAGAAGCUGGUAUAAGUGCAUUAACAGUACAACCUCAACCAGCUCAACCCCCUGUUUCUACAAGAACUAAGGAAACGAGGUUAGGCAGGUACAAAAAUAAGAAGGUCUACCCAUCAAUUCCGAACCAACCGUCUGAAGCUGGAGCACAUUUUAUGUGUGAACUUGCAAAAACUGUGUUGCAAAAAGCUGGUGGCAAUAGUUCAACAUCGUUAUUUACUCAAGCUUCAACUAAUCAAAAUCAUCAUGGUCCUCAUCGUGCGCUCCACAUGUGUGCCUUUCAAAUUGGUCUGUAUGCGCUUGGACUCCACAAUUGUGUCAGUCCGAAUUGGCUGAGUCGUACAUACUCAAGUCAUGUAUCAUGGAUUACUGGUCAAGCAAUGGAAAUAGGUGCCCCGGCUAUUUGGUUUCUCAUAGAUAGUUGGGAGGGCCAUCUAACACCACCUGAGGCUGUUAGUAUUGCUGAUAAAUCGUCCAGAGGAAGUGAUCCAAACAUGAUCAGAGCAGCUGCCGAGUUGGCACUCUCUUGUUUACCUCACGCUCAUGCACUUAAUCCUAAUGAAAUUCAGAGAGCCAUCUUACAGUGCAAAGAACAGAGUGAUGUUAUGCUUGAACAAGCAUGUAUUACUGUAGAAAAUACAGCUAAAGGCGGUGGCGUAUAUCCGGAGGUAUUAUUCCAAGUGGCAAAAUAUUGGUACGAGUUAUAUAAGCGUCAUACACCGGGUGGCGAACAACAUGACGAUAUUCCGGAUCAUCUUCAAUUGGAUCCUAAUGGAGCACUUUUGGUUGAAGCUGGACCUGGACCAGUAGAAAUGAGUACUGGCCAAAUGAUGCCUGGACCAACGCAAGCCGUUGUUGUAACCAGCACCCAACCACCACCUCAACCUUAUCCUCCUCACCCUACUAUUACCACUCUUGUACCGGGUGUAGGAUUACCAUAUCCAGUAGGACCUUAUCCUUUCGUCCAUGCACAUCAUCCGAUGCCAGCAUUCGGAGGACCAAUGCCACCCCAUCGGGUCGCUUUACCACCCAAUCCUCCACAUAUGCAGAUGUAUCACACGGCGAUGCCACCUCAUCCCGUCCAUUCGCAACAUCCACGUCAUCCUCCACCCGUCACACAGCCACCACCUGUGCAGCAAUAUUAUGCUCAACCGUCUGUUACAACUGUUAAUGUACAUCCACCACCGGGAUCUCAUCAUAUGUUUGGAAUACAACAGCCAAUGCCAAUUAACGUUCCACAAGACGUUGCUGGACCUAUUCCUGGACACAACGGUAUGCCAGGACCUUCAAUGGUACAGCCUCAGUCUAUUAUGUCGACAGUAAGACCUCAACCGCAGGUACAUAGACAGAAUCAACCGUUUAGCCAACAACAAUUGCGUGCACUUGUUGCUGCAUACAGAGUAGGUAUGCUCGCAUUAGAAACUUUAGCUCGACGAGUUCAUGACGAUCGACCACAAGCCAAGUACGCACGAAAUCCUCCUUAUGGGGAAGAUGUUAAAUGGCUUUUGAGAAUUUCCAAACGAUUAGGUUCGCAGUGCUUCCACCAGCUUUGUAUCUGCACUGUGAAUAGCAUUGUCAGUCCAUUUGUUCUCCACGAUGUUGCUCUAGAAGCGGCUAAUUAUCAUUCACGAAGUAACCCUGCAUUAUUCCUACAACAUCUGAGAUCAGCAUUGUUAGCACCAAUUAUUCAUAAGUGUCAACAAAUGUAUAUUCAAUGUAUGCAUCAUAAACUCUACCAUUUGAUGCCUGCUGAAUAUGAAGAAUUUGCUAGCGUAGUGUGUGCAGCACGAGCUGCUUUUCAUAUUACUCCAGAGGGUCACACACAGUUUAAGGAGUGGCUACAAUCGAUGAAAAGAUCUCCCGCGUGUAGCAAAGAUCUGUGGGCGCAAAUAAAUGCGGCAUUGCAAGUUAAUAACAAAUGACAUAGAGCAGAGCCAGGCAUGAGGUGGCUUACAUCUUACCUCCAUCCUCCUUCAACAUUACCAACGCAUCGUAGAACCCACGUAUUUCAACAUCAUUGUCAUCUUCCUCCCGAGAACGUUACGUACGUUCACGGGCUGGCCACUAUCAACGAGCUCGCCUGGGACAAAAUUUCUGUUCCCUGUGUAUUAAAUAGGCCGUCUCAUCAACAAAGAUUUCAUUAUGGUGGUCCACCACCAAUGUCUUUUAUACACCGGGAAUUAAUUAAUUCUACACAUCCUCGCAAUGCUGAGGCUAGGGAAGAACGUAGUUGAUUAUCAUAAGUCUGUAUCAUUGAAUGUGAAAGUUCUACGCAAUGGGCUUUAAUGAAAUCAAUGAUGCUAAAAUUUAGAAUAUUUUUUUAAUAUUUAAUUCAAUUUAUUUCAUUUUUUUAAUCAAUUAGCCAAAAUAUUUUAAAACAAUUUGAUAAUCUCAUAAUUAUGUCGAUAUUGACAUUUCAUUUUAGCAUCUAACUUACUUGAUGCAUGAGAAUUUAUAGACAAAAAUGAUUCUCGAGUAUACUAGAUGACAAAUGUUUCCAAUGACUGAACGAUGAUAAAUAUCUUACUAUAACAUAUUAGAUUUGAGAUUUAACUAAACAGCCUUGGUGGCAUUUGAUACUGGAGAAUAGCCCAUUGUUUCAAAAACAUCUAUUUACGUGCAUAAUUAAGAAAUAGAUAUUCAAUUUAUUACGAUCAUUGAACAAAUUGAUAAUUAUAAAUAAUUAUUAACAUUCUGAUAUUUUUUUCAUGUUUAUUCUUUAUCUCGCGUUAUUCCUUAACUCGUAAGUUACAACACAAUACUACUAUCAGAAAUGUUCAAUAUAUCAAUGACAAUGGGUAUUCUUAUUGCAAUCUCUUUAAUCUCAAUUCAUCCACAUUCACACUUGAAGGCAGUAUCUUCUUUGAAGAAGCAAACACUUGUCGAAGAUAAAUCAAUAUAAUCCGUUAUUCUUAUACAUAUUACAAUUAGAACAUACUAUUGUAUUUAUAUGAUAUAAAACGGAAAUUUAAACUUUUCUGUUAUGAUUUUUUUUUAACAAUGACGAUAAACAUAUUUAUGACUUGUAUUGCUUCUUUUUUAAAUUGAUUUAUAUUGUUACGUUUGACGCCUCUCAAAUCUUUUGUCAUUUACAUUAUAGUUUCGUUUCUUCGUAAGUUGUUUUGCUUUAGACGAGGAGAGGCUUCCUUUUCUUUAACAGAUACCAUACUGUCAAAACAUAAUACUACCUAAAUUGUAAAAGAAUAUAUUUUAUACAUAUGAGUUUUAUUCAGCUAAAUGAAAUUAUUGGCAUACGUAAUAUUAGAUAUGUAGCCCUAAAACAAGAACGCCACAAUUUAAUUACUAGUGGAAUUACCAUUUAGCGUUCGAGUAAAUACAAUAAAGGUUGCGAGACAAGGAAUAAACUUGAACGAAAUCUGUGUUAUGUGGUAAUAAUCUUUCAUACUCUCAACUCUUAUAUAAUAUGGCACAACUUUGAUGCUUUGUUGAAAAUUGAAUGAUCAGCAAAUGUAAUGUAUAAUAUGCGCAAAACAUUAAUUGUAUUUAACUAUAUAAUCUACAUCAUUCCAAUUAUAUUGUUGAGUGCUAGAGAUAUUUCGAUUUUGUCUUUUAACCAACUGAAUAUAUUUUCACGAAUUAAAUAUCGACAUUCAGCCUUUAAUGUGUCAUGAUUCAAUCAUAUUUAUUUAAUUGUUUAAAAUAAAUAGUAUGCAGCACAGAAAAAUUACAUAAUUCAUAUAUAUUUAUACAUCAAAUUAUUUCUUUAAAUUACGAUUUGAGAUUCGAGUGGCAUAAAAUAUAACUGCAUCGCUUCCUGAUUAAAAACGAAAACAUGUAAAUAUAUAUGAAAUAUUCGCAUUCUAUAGAUUUUUGAGGAUACACAUUAUCCAUAAUUAAUUUCAAUAUCAUCGUUACUACCCUCGCAUACUUUUUAGUUUCCGUAAGAUACAUUAAAAUUUAUGUGAUCAUUCAUGUUGGCCAUAUAUAUAUCAGAGUCAAUAAAUUAGAAAUGAUGAAUCUGCAUCGAGUACAAGUAUGAAGAGUGCAUAGAAAAUUUAAUAUGAAUUAUUACACUUUACCUUACAAAACAUGGAUUUCAAGAUUGAUUAAUUAGAGAUUAAUCUGAAAAAAAAUAAUAGCCAGACUUAAAACCGAUCGUCAGUCAGACAUAUGAAUUAUUUGUAAUACUUGUGACAUUGUCAUUAGUAUAAUUAGGUAGUAAAUUUAAUUUUUUGUGUAGUUAGAUUGAAUUUUUUUUAAAACCAUGAAUAAUAUAAAUAUAAUUAGUAUUGACGAAAAAGUGAAUAAAAAAAAUAUUUAUAUCGUGACGAUGCGGUUUAUAAUGAAUUCAUAACUAAUCGCCAUACCAAGAAAAAAGUAUGGACAAAUAUUUACUUGAUAUUACAUCGAAAUUUUUUAUAUUCAAUCUUCUUUUCGUCUAUACUGUUUUUUUUUAUUUACAUAAGUAAUAAUGAUUUUCUCUUGAAAACAGUAUUUUUGGAUGUUUUCUCGAUGAAACAAUUAUUUUAAUUAUAAUAUUUUUUAUCUUACAACGUAUGCAUAUACUGCACAAUUAUGCACCACGUUAUCGUUUGUCAUUCCUGACAAUCUAUCAAUAAAAUGAUCUCUGUAAUUUUACAUUUAAUUAUAAUUUGAAUUUUUGAAUUAUAAAUAAAGGAGUAACAUUGAACGUUGACAUAUCACCUCAAAAUUUAACGCCACCUAUCUCUAAAUACUAAAUUAAUUAUUACAUUUAUUGUUUAAUUGAUUAUAAACAAAGUAAAAUUCGAUUAUAAACAUAAAGGGAAUCCAUAAAAAAAAAUUCAUUUUUAUUAAAAGCAAUUAGUCGGUGGUACUGUAAUAUCCUUGUUACUACGUUCGCAAAUAUUAACAUUUAUACUUUACUUACAUUUGUGCAUCAAUAAAUAUCAUUAAUUAAAUAAUUGGUUUGUUUAAAUAUAUAACUUUAAAAAAAAAAAACUAUAUUGAAAUAAUUGAAGCAAACCGUUUCUAUGAUAGUGGUAAGAGAAUUGAUUUAUUUACGAUGACAUGGGUGCUGUGCUCCUCAUGAGUAAAGUUUGAUAAAAAAUAUGCAUUGUUAUUGUUUUUAUUAUUGAACAUUAAGCAGUGCCUCGUCAAAAUCUAUCCAAUUCCAACACAUUAAGUUAUAUAUUAAUAUCAUUUUACAAGACAAUAUAAACUUAUUGUCGAUCUUGAAAUGAUAUUUUUUCUGCUAUUCUAGUUUUAUUGUCAAUAAUUAACAGUUAACUAACAAUUGGAUAAUAAAAUGAUUAUUUAGCAUAUGAGGAAAAUAUUUUCUAAAUAAUAAAUUAUAAUAACUAAUAAAUUUUUUAAUUCUUUUGCCAUACAUUCUUUAAUAUAAUUGAAAUAAAAAUUGGUUUGCAGUGCGAACAGGAAAUUAAAUGGUGGAUAUCAUAAUCUAACAAUAUUUUAAACAAGAUAAUAACAAUAAAGUUGACUUAACAGAACUUUUUUUAACAAUAGGAUAAAUGCAAAAGAAAAAUUGUUGGUGAUAUGUCACAUGACGUAGAUAUAUUGGUAAUAAUUGAAUUAAUGUGCGACAAAUAAGGCUGGCUGGAUCCUCCGCAAUCGCAGUUAUAAUUAGUUAAUUAAUGAAUUAAUUAAUUAAUAAAACAUUAAAGAAAUAUUAAGUUUAUAGAAAUUGCUCAAUAUUCAUGAAAAUAGUAAAAGAUAAAUAUUGUUCAAAAUAUUCUGGGACAUCUAUCCUUUGAAUUCCUACUUGAUUACAUCAUUUUUUCAAAAAAAAAAUAAAAAAUAAAAAACAAAUAAAUAAAACAAGCCUGCCGUUUGUUUGCAUUUUUGAAAUAGAUUAAAUUUUAGAGUACCUCGACUAGAUUAGAUAAAGAUGAAUGUAUCACGUCGUAAUACUCUUGAAAUUGUCAUUAGCCAAUAUUUAGAUAAAAAGUUAGUCAUUUAUGUGUAGUCAGGUAAAGAAAAAAAGAACGUCAUAGUUGAAUGCUGGCUUCUCAAGAAAAAACAAAAUUUUGUGAAGGAAACUCGUAGUCUUAAUUUAGUCAUUUAUUGAUCAUCGCUUUAAGAUUUUUCUAAUCAUGAUUAAUAAAUAAAUUUAUAUUUUACAGUUCAAAUAAGCUAGUUAUACUCGCGUUUCUACCGAAAAUAAAUUGAGUAGGUAUUUCAUCAAACAUCAUUUAUUUGUCAACUUCUAUAUUGUUUUCAUUUCAUUUAAUAUUACUAUUCAUAUUAAUCAUAUAUAUUUCUGCGAAGAAAAAAAAAUCCUGCCCGAGUUAGUCAGUAAUGUGAAAAAAAAAUUAAAAAGUCAAAAAAAAAAAAAUUCGAAGAGAGAAAGAGAGAGAGAGAGAGAUUAAAUGAAAUGAGAUUGAUAGGAACUCUAUUUUUACACUUGGUCGUGAAAGAAAGAAAAAAAAAACAAGAAUCCUUUGCAACAGCAAGGCUAUAGUAAUGAUUUAGAGCUUUAUCUAGAUUUAAUAAUACUAAAUAAAAAAAAAAA